AUGGGAAUGGAUAAAUAUCACAAUUUGCACAACUUAUCAUAUGGCGAUUGUUGGUUAAUCGUUUCCCAACAUGCAUUUCAGAACAGAAAUAUUGAGGAAUACAAAGAAUUGGAAUCAAUUGGUAAGAAAAUUGUUGAGAACAGGUGCAGAGGCUUACCUUUGGCAGCGAGGGCUCUUGGCAGCUUAUUGUGCUGUAAACAAGAAGAACGUGAAUGGAAAGAGAUACUAAACAGCAAUAUAUGGAAUGAGGAAAGUGGCAUUCUCACAGCAUUGAAAUUGAGCUACCUUCAUCUCCCUGUCCAGUUGAAGAGGUGCUUUUCCUACUGUGCAAUUAUCCCAAAGGACUACGGAUUCACGGAGGAGGAAUUAGUCUUGCUAUGGAUGGCUGAAGGUUUAAUUGAGCAACCAAAAGGUGGAGACCAAAUGGAGGAUUUAGGCCGCAAGUAUUUUCACGAAUUGGUGUCAAGAUCAUUUUUUCAACCGUUAAGUGGUAACAAAUCCGUAUUCAUAAUGCAUGACCUCAUCAAUGAUUUGGCUCAAGAUGUAGCAGGGGACAAAUGUUUUAGGUUGGAAAAUAAUUUAGAAGGUGGCAGGCAGAGCAAGAUUUCUGUCAAAGCUCGACAUGCAUCUUAUGUUGGUAGCUACAUUGAUGGAAUCAAAAAAUUCAAAGUUUUUGAUGAUGCCAAAUACUUACGAACAUUCUUACAUUUUUUUCCACUGAGUUUCCAUGCAACGAGGUACUUGUUUCAUGAUUUGUUGCCAAAGUUAAAAUGCUUACGUGAGUUGCGUUUACAUUAUAAUAGCAUGGAUGAACUACCAGAUUCCAUUGGAGAUCUAAAGCAUUUGAGGUACCUUGAUGUAUCCUGUUCUGGGAUUACAAGGUUACCUGACACGGUAGUAACUCUCUACAAUUUACAAGUCUUGCUUUUGAAAUAUUGUCGUAAACUUCAGAAGUUGCCUCUAAACGUGGACAGUCUGGUGAACUUGCGCCAUUUUGACAUGACUGGAGUGCAUAUUCCAUCAUCAGAAGAGAUGUCACUGCAUAUAGGUAAAUUAACUAAUCUCCAAACAUUGUCAAAUUUUAUGGUGGGUAAAGAUUGUGGGCGUAAAAUAGGAGAGUUGAAAAACCUAUCGCACAUUCGAGGGGCAAUACACAUAUCAAGACUGGAGAAUGUCAGUGGUGUUAAGGAUGCAAGGGAGGCCAAUUUUAUGUCUAAGGAGGAGUUAAAAGAGUUAUCACUAGAAUGGGACUUGGACAACUACCCUUGCUUAAAGACCUUUACAUUGAAGGAAUGA